AGCGGCCUCAGGAGUGGGCCUAAAUGUGCACGUGUUAUGUGACAUUAUGUCACAUGAGUCCUCAUUCUGUAUAACGUACCUACUGGACCGUGUGGACUGGCAAUGAAACCACUUGGAAUGGCGGCUGCCUGCACUCCUUCCCGGCCACUGAACAGUCCUGGUGCCGGCUGGUGAUGCAGUCAGCGUAUGUAUGGUGUCGUCCUGCGCUGGUGCCAGCCACCGCAGACGAGCCCGUCGGGAUGGCCAGAGCCUCCACCAGCAGUGCCGUGUCAUUUCUUCUCACCCAAACGCAUCGUCCUCCAUGGCAUCCCGAUCAAAAGUCCUACAGGGAAGAAGUUCAGGAGUAAGCCUCAGUUGUCCCGUUACCUUGGAAACACGGUGGAUCUGGGAUGUUUCGACUUCCGGACGGGGAAGAUGAUGCCUGGAAAACUGCAGAAGAACAAACAGAGACUCCGACAUGACCCGCUCAGCUUGUCCAAGGAAGGUAAACCAGACCAGGAAGGAGGAAGGGAAAAAGGGAAAGAACAAAAGAAGGAAGGAAGGAAAGAGCAAGGAGGUAAACCGGACCUGAACACAGCUCUGCCAAUCAGACAGACGGCGUCCAUCUUUAAACAGCCUGUUACCAAGGUUACGAGUCACCCCGGCAACAAGGUGAAGGCAGACCUGCAGAGAGGGGCCGAGCAGCCCAGACAGGGAGCAGGAGCUGAAAGUGUACCAGGCCAGGAGGAGUCUGGAGGAGGCGCUGAUGGCCGACGGUUUGGCGCGGGCCGCCGAAAACACCCGAGAGCUGCUGGAGGGGAAGAAGGCCUGAAGACAGACAGAGUCCCUCUGUUCACCAGCCUCAGGUUUAUCAUCAUCUUCAUCCAGACGACAAACCAAAAACAGACCACCCACAAACUGAAACAUCAUCUGCACUGAUCCAUUGCCUCAGUGGGCGAUUGCUUCCACCUUCCCCUUAAGGAAACCAUUUUCAGAAUGACAUCUGGAAACUAAAGUGAUUUUCCAGAGCAACAGCAGCAACAAUUGCAUCAGCAAUGACAAAAACACCAGCAACAACUACAAAAUGACAACAAUGGCUGCAGCAGCAACAGUUGCAGCAAUAGAAACUGCAACAUAGGAACAUGAGGAGCAACAGCAGCAAUAAGUUGAGUAUCUACCAGCUCAAAGCAACAACCGAAGCCUUUAAUCCCCUCUGUGAGUUAUCAUCUGUACAAACUUUACAACAAGCACUUAUCUUGUCUCACUUUUGAAAUUCAGAUAUUAGUUUUCUUUCUUUUUAAUAUAAAGCUGAUAAAAACAAUUUUUAAAAAAUACUGAAGAGCAACACCCUCAUCGAACCCAAAGUCAGGUUGCAAACUGCUGGACGGCUUUUGCUAACUCUACUAACUCUUAUUGUGCUUUUUGAUGAUUUUGGUUGUUUGGGGUGUAAAUUGUUGUCAGUUUUAAAGAAGUCUUCAGGGGUUUUAAUUAAAUAAUGAAAAUUUACCUGAAUAUGAAAUAUAACCAUCGCUUAUUUAAGACAAAUUUUAUACCUUGUGAGAACAUAUAUGUACAUUUCUUGGACUGGAGUAAAUAAAUGAUUAUAUUCACAA